GCGAUAGAGAAUAACUAAAAACCACAACAACAAAAAUGGCUAGUGACAAGUUUUUGGUGAGAAUAUUAAAUUGAUAAUUCUUAGAAAUUUUAUUUUUAUUAUAAUAAUUUUAACAAUUAAAUUUAUUUUCCAACUGUAUUUAGACUAACUGAGAUAAUGUACAGUUUUUAGUUCAAAUCAUUUAAAGAUGUGUUUUAUAACAAUUAAAACGGCCAAUUAAAAUCAUUUGAAACUUUUUAACUUCGGUAAAAGUUAGUAUUGAUUCAUUUAAUUAUUAUUAUCUUAGUACUUAACAAUUUGAUUAGUGUUGUAUAAUGAAAUAGUUAUCAUUUUAAUCGAGUUUUUUUAUGAAAUUAAUUUAUUAACAUAUUGAAUACCAAAUGAAAUAACCUUACAAAUGUGUUUACAUCCCUCAGUAGGAAAACAUUUAUAUUGAUAACACGAAAAAUAAAUGAGUUUAAAUAUUUAAUUGGAGUAAUUUCAACCAAAUUGACCAUGUGACAAUAUUUUUAUUUUUUUAAAUGUAUUAUUACGUGUAAACAUUUUAGAACAAAUAUGUCUGAGGGAAGAUUUCCGUCUUACCACCAUUUACCUCCAACAGCCCCAGCACCACAAAGACAUCAUCUAGCAACUGCUGCAACACCUUCUGUUCCUCAUCCUCUUACAUUCCACCCUCCACCAAUUUCUCAUCAGUUAUCUUCAUGGUUUACUAAACAAGGUAAAAUAAUUUGCAGAAUGAUUUUUUUAGACAAAUAUUAAGUGAUACCUUAACCUACCUAUUUUUAUUUUGUUUUAGAUAUGGCUGCUUAUAGGAACACACCAUAUGCCGCAUUGCACAAUGUUGCAGCAUUACAAAUGCAUAAGCCACAACAUACUCCUAUAAUUGAUAGGUGGAUAGAUACAAGAAAUAAUAUGCCACCACCAUCAAGACCAGGUCCACCUUCCCCUAGUCCAGCUCAUUCAGCAAAUGUCUCACCUAAUUUUUCACUAUCCCGAAGUGUUGAGCUUGAUCUUACUAAACAUAAAAAAGAAUCUGAACAUAUGUCAAUCGACUUAUCUGCAAGUACUCAAAAAACUGAUAAUUCUUCAUUUAAACGAACAAAAGAUCCAGUCAAUGGUCAAAUAACUACAUCAAAAUUAAUAAAAAUUGAAGAAAAGGCUAUAAGUGUUAUAGCUCCAAACCCUCAUAAAGUAGUUAAGGGUGGUAAUUCACCUGAUGUUCUAGACAUUAUUAAUGCUAAAAAAGUAAAGAAUACUAAUUUUGAAAAAAAAAAAAAUAAGCCAGAUAAUAAACCUACUAGGGAUGUAUUAGAUAUUCCUAUAAAAAUUGAAGUUGCAGAUACAAAUAAUGUUGAACAAAUGUUAGAAAACAUGUUUCAAACUAAUGAGUCUGAAAAACUAUCUGUUAUUAAGACUAUUAAACCAGUUAAAUCUCCAUCACCUUCGACAAUGAGGGCAGAGUCUGUUGAAAAAAUACUCAAAUCACCAUCCCCUAUACCUAGAAUAGAAUAUGAAAAAUCUGAAGAUUCGAUAACAGCUGAGUGUUCUUCAAAAAAAGUUCAUGACACACAUUCUCAGUUCCUUGAAGUGGAAAACAAGUUAGAAGAAUUAUUUGGUGAAGUCAUUACAUCAACUAAUACAUCUAAUAAUGAUCAACAUGUAGUAACAGAAAACAAAUCAAAACCAAUAAUUCCCACAAAAAGACCUUAUAAUAAAAAUAAGAAACAAAUAAAAAAAAUUAAAAAAAAUCCACCCUUAUCCGAAAAACUAAAGCCUGUUGAACCAGUUAAUAAAAAAUAUAAAAGGGGUCCAUUGAUAAGAGUAGUUGGUAGUAUGAAAAACCCAACAAGUUAUUUUAUUGUUAACCGAAAUAUUCCAGACGAUGAUGACUCAUUAGAUGGCCGUAAUUUUAAUCGAAAGACUUACUGUAAGUUUUAUUUUAAAAUAUAAUUGAUUAUAUGAAUAAUUAAUUGUUAUUGAUAGUAUAUAAAUCUGGUGAGUGUAAUGAUGAAGAGAAACCUGAUAUGAACAAUUUAGAAAGUAGUGAUUGGCAAUGUGUAUUUUGUUCACGAGGACCUCAUGUUAUGGAUUUGGGUCAUAGUCCUACUGGUGAUCUUUUUGGCCCUUAUUAUGUCAGUGUACCAAAAGUUGUGAAAACAAAUGAUAACACUAAGAGAAAGGUAUUUUUAUUUGUAUAAAAAUAAAUUAUUUUAUAUUUUAUUAUGAUAUUACAUUUUUUUUUUUUUUUCUAGAAAUCUAAACCAAAUUUAAAUGAAAUUGAUACUUCAGAAAUAUAUAUUGAAGUUUGGACACAUGAAAAUUGUCUUCUUUGGGCAACUGAUAUUUAUAUGGUAGGGACUAAAAUGUUUGGACUAGAAGAAACUGUUAGAAUUGCUAAAAACACUGUAAGUUAAUGUAUUUAUUCAUGUUUAAAUUACAAAUAUUAAUGUUGGUUUUUUUUUUUUUUUUUGUAUAUACAUAUAUACAUAGGCUUGUGUUUAUUGUGGUGCUAAAGGAGCUAGUGUUGGAUGCAUGGCUCGUCACUGUAAACUAAGUAUACAUUAUAGUUGUGCUGUACAUAUUGGUUGGUUUCUAGAUACCAAAAGUUAUACAGCGACUUGCAAUGAACAUAAAGUAAUUUUUUAUAAUGUAUAAAGUUUUUUAUCAAAUUAUCUAAUUAAUAAAUUUCUAUUCACAGACUGCUAUCCUGGGAACUAGUUGUCAUUAGUGGACCUCGUUUUAGGUAUUAUAUUCCAAAAAAUAUGCUUUCUAUUUUUAUUUCCUAAAAGGUAAGCGGAGUUCUUAUCUAUGUUCAAGUCAAUAAGUUUUUUAUUAUUUAAUCUUCUGAUUUUUGCAAUUUAAUAGUGUAUCUAUUUUCUAAAUAAUAAUAAUAAAAACUAAAUAACUUAAUAAAUAACUUUAAUAAAAACUGGUCCAACCCUUGAGUUUAGUAAUUUAAAAUUUAAAUUAGUAGAAUAUAAAUCUAUUGUAAUAUCUUGUUACAAUGAGUAAGACAGGAGACAGAUUUACAUUUUUAUGCAGUUGUAUGAUAUGAAUUAUUUUCUAUUCUUUACUGAGUAAUUGAAAUUAAAAAUUGACUCGUAUACUGUUUUAUCAGGUUAAAAAUCUCAGAUAUUUAAAUUUUCUGAACUAUAUUUAUUUAAGAAAACAAAAAAUUUACUGUCUCAAACUAAUUAACUAGUAAUGUUGCAAAAUUAUAUUAUGUAAAAUAUUAAUUGAGGUUUUUAGAUUAAAAUGGUUAAAAGUUUGAUUGAAUUCAUUUAUGUUUUCGCGGGUGGUGGGUGUCUUUUAGCUUAAAUUUCUAAAAACUAACUAAAUAAUGCCAUAGAGAUGAAAUUUGGUAAUGAUGUUAGUAUUUAUAAUAUGCCUUUUGGGGGUUUCAACUCCACCCCCACCUUUCCACUUUUUUAAAACUAGUAUAAUAUUGUAUUAUUACAGUAUCCGGUUAUUGUUUUCCAAAAAAUAUCGUGCCUAUGUAAAAUAGACCCCCAUCUUUUUUGAAAAUUAGAUUAAGUGUUAUUCAUUAGUGUUUUUUUUUUUAUUAUUAUUUAUUUAAAAUUUUAUCAAACAAUAUUUUACUAUAUUUUAGAAAAAAAACAAUAUUUUCCCAUUUAAAAUUUUGGUAUUUUGUUUAACACGAUAGAUUCCAAUAGUGUGAUAUCCUUUUUAUAUUCUAAAAUUAAAACUGUAAGUUUGUUCCUGAAAAUUCUUAAAGAGUUCAGGUCACCAUCACAAUCUCCCUCCACUUCUCUUGAUUUUGGACUAUCCCUCUCCAUUCUCGCACUAAUCUAAUCUAAUUUUUUAUUGGUUUGUUGGUUUCUUCUUGAGAAUUUACCAUUUAUCAAUAGUUUGGCUCAUUGAGUUUAUUGUAAUAACCGUGAUUAAUGAUUCUAUAAACUAUUUGUUGAAAUUUGGAAAUUUGGUUUACAAAUGAAGGUACAGGAAUAUAAUAUUUUAAUUAUGAAAAAAAUGUGUAACUAUAUUUCAGUAUUAAUUUGAAGUUUAAAUUAAUUGAUUAAAAAGUUAUUGUCAGUUCAAUUAUAGGUGGAUUCUCUGUUUAGUCUUAAAUUGUAUUAAUAUUGUUUUUGUGCUGCUAAAAACUUUACAAAGAUCAGAUAGACCAUUGAGUAUUUAUUUUAAUCAUGUUGUAUUUAAUUAUCAUAGUGAUUGUGUAGGUUAGUCUGUUAUAAUUAUUUAAUUGUAUAGUAAAAAAAAAGUGAGAUAAUUAAAUAAGUAAAAUUACAAAGAUACCUAACAGAUUUUUCGACUUAAGAAUGUAAAAUAACAAAACCUAACAAAUUGUUUACUAUACUAAAAAAUUAAAGAAAUAUAUAAAUAUAUCAUAUAUUUUUGUAUAUAUUUAAUUUUUCUUUUAAUGUAUUCUAUUAUGUCUAAUUAUUUUUAAGCUUAAAGAAAACAAAGUUUCUUUAUCAUAGUCUGUAUUGUGACACUUUGGCGCAUGUAUAUGAACAAAAUAAUUGAAUGUUGAUAAAUAAUUUAAGGGCUUCAAACAAUAUAUUUUUAAGUAUCAAUAUAUAACUUACUAUGUAUUGAAUAAAGGAAAUAUUGUUUUUAAAACAUAUAUCACAGUUAUAUUGCACUCCAAGGAAGUUUAUUUUUUAAGGGCUAGCCAAUAAAGAUGUAUAGUAUUUAAAUAAUGGCUUAUUGUGCUAUUCAAUCAUUACCGAAGUAAAUUUUUUUGUUUAUCAUUUAAACUUAGUUGAUUUGGUUGACUAUAAUGUUAAAUAUAGUCUGAUUAGCUGACAGGUAAGUUUUAAGGGGGUAAACCUUCAACCUUUUGAAUUUUGCUCCUGCUGCACUGAGUAUUGAAGUUCAGAAUUAUUAUUAUCUAGACAAAUAAAAUAAAACCAUUUUUGAAAUAUGUUCUAACCCCAGGAAAUACUAAAUAAUGAAUGACAUUUAUACUAGAUAUUAAAACUAUUAAAUGCCAUAAAUAUUUAUAAAUUAUAAUUAACGAUACUAUGUUAUUACAUAUGUUUGUGUAGUAACUUUAAUUUUAAAUAAUUUUUAAUUAUUGUGAUAUUCAUUGUUUUAUUGAUAUCAAAAAUAUCACAAUCAUAUAUUCAAUAUUGAUAUUGGAACUAAUCUUAAAAUUGUUUACGAUAUCGAUAUAGUAUCAAAUUAUUGAUAUUGUUUGAGACCCCUUAAUUAUACAUAUUUAUAUUUAUUUAAUAUAUUUUAUUUCAAUUUUAUAAUUUGUGUGUAAAUUGUACUAUUUUAUACUUUAACUAUAAUUAUUUUAAUUUUAUAUAAUUCAUUUGUAUACGUUAAAAGAAAUUACAUAUUGGUAUUUAUAAUUAUUUUUUAAAUAAUAUUUUAAUUAUUAUGGCAAAUAAUAUUAAUAUUUAAAUUUCGUAUGAAACAUUUGUUUGACUGUGAUGGGUAUUUGGUUUUAAAUGAAAUUAUGUAAUAUUCAAUAUUACAAUUAUAUAAAUAUGUGAACUUCUUAAAAAGGAGAUACACUAUUAUCUUAGCAUAGAUUUUAAAAACAACUUAAUAAGAAUGAAAAUUAAUUAUACUUAAAAAAUAUACUUGUAUAUUUACAAUGUUAUCCUAAUUUCAUUAAAUUUAAUCAUAAAUAGUAUUGUUAGAGUUAAUUUUAAAUAAAUUAAUCAGAUAAUACAAAAUAAAAUAAAUACUAAAAUACAUUAUAGUAUAUUUAUUAUUUUGUAUUUAAUAAAUAUUACCAAUGAUAAUUUGUCUUUAAAUUUAUUAUGUUUAUUUAAUUAUAUAUAAUAUGUUUAAGUAACAUAAACUCUUAACAUAUUUUUUUCAAAUUAAUUAAAACUAAGCUUAUAUUGAGUGUAUUAUACAACUUUGACAAUAAUGUGAAUUUUCAGUACCUAGUCAUUUCCAUAUACUUAUCAAAUCAGUGUAUAUAAACAUAUUGUGUGUUGCACCAAAUCAUACGAAUAUAUCAGUGUACAUAACUAUUUCUGUAUGAUCGUAAAUCUAAAACCAGAUAUCUAAGUAUUUUUGUGAUCUAUGAUAAAAAAAUAUAUCUAACAAUGCUAUUAUACAUAUUAUGUAUAAUAAAAAAUAUAUUAUAUAUAUACUGAUUUAGAUGUAUUGUGAAUUAAAAAUUAAUUUUCUAUUUCAUUGAUCCAAAUAGAUCUGUGCUAAGAUUUAUUAUUAUAAUUAUACAAUUUUAUUAUUAUAAUAUGUCAUUAUACAAGUGUAUGAGUUAUCAUGUAUACAUAAUAAAUGUUAGUACUUCUUUGUGAGUGAAGUGCAAUAUUUUGUGUAUCUGUUAUUAAAUAUAAUAUAAUAAUUUAUAAAAGCAAAAUAUAUAACUUGAUUAAAAUAUUUUAGUCUAUAAUAUAUCAUUGAUUUUUAGAGCUUAAAAUAACUUUUUAAUACUAAUUAGACUGUAAUUUCAGUACAGUUUCAUUUCUAAAAUAUUUUUACUAAAUUUUGUUUAGGAUUUGGAUUUCAUCAUUGAGUAUGGAUAACGAAGAAGAUGUUAAAAGAACAAUUCACCACCUGCUUUUACAGUCUCAUUAAAAUGAGUAUUCAAGUAUAUUUUUCAAUAAUUACCAAUGAGAACAAUUUUUUUUUCCUAGUCAUCAAAAACCAAAAUCUGCCACUGAUACUGAACCAAUAAACCAAAGACGAAUAGGCCAUAUAAGCCUUGGGCACAAGAAUAUUGUAGAUUUGGUUGUAUUUUUGUGUAAUAUUAUUUGGAGAAUUAUAUAUGAAGGCACAAUAUUUUUUUUAAUAUCCUAUUACAUAUAAGUUUUUCUUACAAAAAGGAAUACUAUAAAUAGUGACUAGGAACAUAAUUCCUAAAGCCUAAUUCUGGCUCUGUAUGUAUAUGAUAUAGACAGAUAGUCCAAUAUUCAAGAAUGAGUACCCAUACAAAUUAUAUCAUUGUGCUAAAAUUUGUUACAUUUUAAUAUGAAAUCAAUUACAAAAAUCUCUUAUGUUUUUUCUGGUGAAAUUGACUAUGGAUGGAUUAAAAACUGCUGUUAAAAAAUACUUUUUAGUAUAAAAAUAAUGUGUAGAUGUCAAUAGCAUCACCAUUCUGUACUCUUCAACUACAAUAGCUAUAAUGUAUUAAUUUAUUUUAUAAUUUUAUACAGUUAAAGACCGAUGGUGAUAUAGAAUGUAGUAACUUAAUCAAAUGUAAUAUUUGAAUAUAUUCUUUGAAUCAAAAGUAAAUAAAAAGAUGCACUUGUAACACUAUUAUUAUACCCUAUUUUAAUUUUUAAUCUAUUAGUAUCUAUUUUUAACUUAUGAUAUUAUUCAGGUCCGGAUUAGGAAACCGGGAAUUCAGGAGAUUUCCCAGUAUGCCUUUUUUUUUCAAAUAACUAUUUUAUGUCAAACAAUUAUGUUGAAAUACUAAUCAUUUUUUUUACUAGUGGUCACUUGAGUCGAAAUAGCUUGGUUUGUUCUAUUUAUCUAGUAUGACACAUUGAACUCUAUAUGAUAAGGUUAACCUAACCUGAUAUGUAUAUACUAAGUGAUUUUUUUUUUAUUGUGAGCUAGCAAUUAUCUCUGAGGAUUUUAAAUGAAUUAAAUUUCUGUUUUCCUAAUCACUGAAGGUUUUAUCACCUAAUCACGUUUUAUUUUAAGUUUUAUUGUAAAAUCAUUUUUAAUUUUUUACCCCUAGUCCAUGUACCUUAAAUAAGUACAUACUUUUGUUUUUCAUAUAGAACCCACUCCUUUUAAAUACAGAUUUGAAUAAAGAAUAUUUUUCUUUAAAUGAUUUUACGCAUAACACUAAUAUUAGAUUUUCCAUUUAUGAGUUAAAAAUUUAGACCGGAGGAGUAGAGAAGGGUAAUAAAUUGCCUAUUUAUUAUAUUUAAAAUAUACAUAUAAUGGAAUAUAGGUACAUAUAUAUAUAUAAGGAAUAUAUUUACUCUUUUAAGUCUGAGCUUAUUUGAAGUAGUGUUCAAUAAUACAAAAAGAAUAUAGGUUUUAAUUUUUUUUAAUCAAAUAUAAAAUAUUACAUACAGAUAUGAUUUACAAAUGAUGGAACUUUAUAGUGCAUAUCUUUCCAAAUGUGUAAUUAUGUUAAAAUAAUGAUAAUGCAUAUCAACUGAAAUUUAGUAUUUGGUAAAUUAAUAACUGGGCUAGUACUUUUAUAUUUUCCUAGGCCAAAAUUUCUCCUUAAUUUACUCCUGAAAUUACUAUAUUAUAUUGUAGGUAUUAUUACCCCCACCAUCCAUAAUGGAAUCUGUUCAGUUUUUGAUGGGGGGAAGGAAGGAGACAUUUUUAUUCAGCACAUCUACGAACAAAUAACCACUCACAAAUAUCAAUUUACAUUUUCCUCUAUGUUCAAUUAUCAUACAAGAAUAAAUAGCCAAUUUUUUUUUUUUUUUUAAAGACUGGAUUCUAAACUAAUAUAGGUAGUACUAAUCUUAAAGACGUUAUUUUAGAUUUUCUCAAAGGGUCUAAAUUAGUAUAUUUGUUUUUUUUUUUUUUUUUUUGUGUAUAUAUAAAUUAACUCUUUCAGACAUGACUUUUGUGGUAUUUUUAUUAAUUCUUUAUUAGCACUCAUUCCCGAGUAUUUUAAACCAUGUUUACCACGGGAUUUGACGAAAAAGAAAUCGCUCUUUACAUAUUUAUCCAACAAAGAUUUAAAUUUUUUGAACAGAAACAAUUCAACGUCUUCUUCACUUUGCACACUAACAAUUUCUGUAACACUUCCAUCGUCCAAUAAUUCUAAAAUAUCCUCACUGAGCAUAUUGUUGUUUUUAUAAAAUAACUGUCAAAAAAAAAAAAAA